AUGUCACCUGGCAAACCUAUCAAGUGUAUCGCCGCAGUAGCAUAUGAGGCGGGAAAACCACUCACAGUCGAGGAAAUCACAGUCGACGCACCUAAGGAACACGAAGUCCGUAUCAAAGUCGAGUACACUGCUGUUUGCCACACCGAUGCAUACACAUUGAGUGGUAUGGACCCGGAGGGUGCCUUCCCCUCGAUUUUGGGUCACGAAGGGGCGGGAAUCGUCGAGUCCGUUGGUGACAAAGUUACCAACGUGAAACCAGGCGACCAUGUCAUCGCGCUUUACACUGCUGAGUGCAAAGAGUGCAAGUUUUGUACUUCGAACAAGACCAACUUGUGCAGCUCAGUGAGGGCCACCCAGGGCAAAGGCGUAAUGCCCGAUGGGACCUCCAGAUUUCACAAUGCAAAAGGCGAGAAGCUGCUGCACUUUAUGGGCUGCUCGACGUUCUCCCAGUACACUGUGGUGGCGGACGUGUCAGUAGUGGCUGUGACGCCUGAAGCCCCACUGGAGAAAAUUUGCUUGUUAGGUUGCGGUGUCACAACUGGCUACGGCGCUGCUGUCAAGACUGCAGAUGUCCAAAAGGGCGAUACCGUAGCGGUUUUUGGUGCUGGGACUGUCGGUCUUUCCGUAGUGCAGGGCGCCAAGGCUAGAGGUUGCUCCAAGAUCAUCGUGGUCGAUAUCAACAACCAAAAGAAGCAGUGGGCUCAAGACUUUGGCGCUACCGAUUUCGUCAACCCUAAAACCGAUCUCAAGGAAGGCCAGAGCAUCGUCGACAAACUAGUCGAAAUCACCGAUGGUGGGUGCGAUUUCACAUUUGACUGCACUGGUAACACCUCAGUCAUGAGAGACGCUCUAGAAGCAUGCCAUAAAGGCUGGGGACAAUCGAUUAUCAUCGGUGUUGCAGCUGCAGGCCAAGAAAUAUCUACGAGGCCCUUCCAAUUGGUCACCGGUAGAGUCUGGAAGGGCUCUGCUUUUGGCGGAAUCAAGGGAAGAUCUGACAUGGAUGGCCUGAUUUCAGAUUACAGGGACGGUAAACUGAAGGUUGACGAAUUUGUUACUCACGAGAGACCAUUCACAGACAUCAACGCUGCCUUCGAAGACUUGCAUCACGGUGACUGUUUGAGAACCGUCCUGGACCUAUCUAAAUAA